UCCCCCCUUUUUCUUUCCAAACCAUCACAUUCACCUCUUCCACACAUUCUCUUUCCCACUUUCUCUCUCCAAAAUUUUCCCAUUUUCUCUCUAUUUUUUUUUUUUUCAUGAUGAGUAUCAAAAUAUUGAUGAUCUCCAUGUUCCUAUCGUCCAUCUUCUUCUCUCUACUCUGCAUAUUUCCAACCAAAUUAACAACACCCAUCACCACUUUGAGGCCAAUUCUCAUCAACAACUACUUCUUCAACAAAUCCAACAUCACCGCUAAUAAUAAUACUAAUCCAUAUCCAGUAACUUUUGCAUAUCUGAUCUCAGCAACAAAAGGAGAUGUCCCAAAGCUAAAGAGACUACUGUACGCACUGUACCAUCCUGGAAACUACUACCUAAUCCACUUGGAAUCUGGAGCACCGGAGAGAGAGCACAGAGCGUUGAAGGAGUUUGUUGGGAAAGAGGCGGUUUUUGGGCAAGUGGGUAAUGUUUGGAUAGUGGGAAAAUCCAACUUGGUGACUUACAGAGGGCCCACAAUGUUGUCCACAACUCUACAUGGCAUGGCCAUACUCUUGAGGCUCUGCAACAACUGGGACUGGUUUAUUAAUCUCAGUGCUUCUGAUUACCCUUUGGUUUCCCAAGAUGAUCUGAUCCAUGCGUUUUCCGAGCUGCCUAGAGACCUCAAUUUCAUACAGCACUCCAGUCACUUGGGUUGGAAGCUGAAUAAGAGAGGGAAACCAAUCAUAAUAGACCCGGGACUCUACAGACCCAAUAAAUCAGAGAUCUGGUGGGCUAUUAAACAGAGAGCUCUCCCAACUGCUUUCAAGCUCUACACAGGUUCAGCUUGGACAAUUUUGUCAAGAUCUUUUGCUGAGUAUUGCAUAGUGGGAUGGGACAAUCUCCCAAGAACUCUCCUUCUCUACUACACAAACUUUGUGUCAUCCCCAGAGGGCUACUUCCAAACCGUUGUAUGCAACAACCAAGACUACAAGAACACCACAGUCAAUCACGAUCUCCACUACAUCACUUGGGACACGCCUCCAAAACAACACCCUAGGUCCUUAGGGCUCAAGGAUUUCCGGAAAAUGGUUCUCAGCAACCGCCCGUUCGCGAGGAAGUUCAAGAAGAACGACCCGGUUCUCAACAAGAUCGACCGCGAUCUUCUGAAGAGACGUCGAGGUGAAUUCAGUUAUGGCGGAUGGUGUUCCGGGAGAAGGAAAAUGCAUGGCUCAUGCGCGUCUUUGCAGGGUGACAAGUACGGCGUUUUGAGGCGGGGACCGGGGUCUAGAAGGUUAAAAACUUUGCUAUCAAGAUUACUAUUCUCCAAGAAUUUCAAGAAGCAGCAAUGCAGAUGAUUCUUUUUUAAUCAUUUAACUAAUAAAGUUUCAUACAUUUGUAAUAAAAGCAAUGGCCAAUUUAUAGAGUUUGAGAUGUAAUAUUAUUCCUAUAUAGCGGAACUUUGGAUGAUUCUUAAUAGUAAGAAUUAAU